CUCAUUUCUGCUUUCAAGGGUUAAUAAGAUGACCUUGUUUCCCAUAUCCUUUCUUAGUAUGGCAUUUGCUGUCACAUUUUCUCUGAACGACCUGAACUGAAUCAACUUCCAGCUUGGUCCGUGUAAGGUAAACUGUAAUGUGGCAAUGAACAAUCAUCCUGGGCUAUUGCGGCUUAAACCUUUUAAUACUAAGAUAUCAUUUUAGUGUAACAAAGUCCCUCAUCCAAACAGCAAGAAGAUCCAUACUAUGAUCGUAUGUGUUGUUAUCUUCCUUUAGGCAAUAGCAAAGCCAAGAUUCCCUGAAUGUUGUAGAAUUACUGGCUGAAGGAACCACAGGCCCUCUGUGUGAAUCACAUUUAGACAUGGUAAACCUAUCCAAUCUAAAUUUUGUGAAGACGCCAAUCUCAAUGGAUGCCGAAUCAAAUGGCCGAAACCAUGCCAACCUGAAGAACGGUAGCACAGAUGUUGAUGGCUCAUAUAUUUUGGAUAUAGAUACUGAGAAAGGAAAAUCUGAGGCACCUAAAUCCAUUCAGGAAAUGGGUGGGAAUGUGAAGACGGAUGAUUGUAUAGCUAGGAUGUUGCAGAGAGAAAUUGCAUCACUGAUGGGAGGAAAGUUCAUGCAACUCCUGAUGAAUCACAGUGUUGAGUUGCCCAAAUUUGCUUGUAAAGAUAAAUGUUUGACCGAGAAAGUAUAUGAUGCAUCUAGCAACAAACUCAGAAAAUACAAGCGCUCUGCAUCUUUUAAUUCAAGAAGAAUUGUUCUCCUUUUCUCAUUCCUGUCGAGCAUGGGGACAAUCAUACUCAUUUACCUUACUUUAAGAGUUAGAAUGAGCAUUGAUGGGGCUGGUAAUAUUUAGUCUCUGCUUCUCUUGUCAUCCACUCACACCCAUCAUUUGUGAAAAGAGUUUUGCUAGGAAUGUAAGCUUUUCAAUGAAUAUCUUUCUCGAUUGUAUUUCU